AUGACUCAAGAGACUUCUAAUCAGAAUGGUGAUGAGCAACAGAAGUUUUCGUUUACUCCAGAGGAAUUUCAAAGAUUAAUGGCACUUGCUAAUUCCAUUCCAUCAGAUUCUUCUACCCAGAACAUCACUACAUCACCAGUUGUUAAUCAUGUCUCUAGAUCUGCAUCUGCAUUCAAACUUUCUGAUAGACCUCACCCUAAAUCAUAUUCUUCUUCAUAUGUCCAGUUGCUUAAACCUGAGGGCCUUGAGCAGAUUAGGGAAAUGGCUCUUAGGGUGGAGGGAAUAAAUAAGAUAAUCAGGUUUGGCCCAACUAGCCUUGGCCCAUAUAGAUCUAAAUUCAACCCACUAAGCUCUACAGCAUAUCCAACCCAACAAUACACCCCCAUUCAGAAACAUUCUACUCACGAAGUUGUCUUUUACGAAGAUGGGGAGCCCAUUAUAGACGGUGAAGCUGGAGACCUGAAGUUUCGCAUUCAUACUGCACCUCAUGAUGGCUUCAGGAGGGAAGGAAAUGACCUGCACACAACAGUUACUAUUACUUUGGUGCAAGCUCUUGUUGGUUUUGAGAAGACUAUCAAACACCUCGACGAUCAUUUAGUGGAUAUAAGCUUGAAGGGUAUUACGAAGCCUAAGGAAGUGAGAAAGUUUAAAGGAGAAGGAAUGCCAUUACAUUUUAGCAAUAAGAAGGGCGAUUUAUACGUCAAGUUUGAGGUUCUUUUCCCAACUUCACUAACAGAGGACCAAAAGACGAAGAUCAAGGCAAUUCUUGAUUAG